AUGCCAAGAUUUCAGAGACUGGAAAAUAAAAGCUGCAAUAUGGAUGACAGAGCAGAGUCUUCCCAGUCUGCAAGGAAUUAUGAUGGACAGCUUGAUCAACUGCACCGUGCACUGAAGCGAAAGCAGAAGCUACUGCAAGAACUCAGGGAGCAGCACAUGCUAGAGGACCUCCAUAGACCUCACACCUGGGGAGGGUCACGAAGACCAUACAAGUCACUAUUCUUAAUGGCUUCUCAUCUGCCUCCACCACUACCACUCUACCAGUCUCCAUGCAUCACGCAACAGGCACUACCCCUGCAGCCUGCCUCCACCAUACAACAGCUGCCACAACAACAGCCUCUGAUUACUCAGAUUCCCCCACCUCAGCCUUAUCAUGCACCAAAUUCAGGCAGCAUCAAAGAGGAUAUGGUGGAACUGAUGCUGAUGCAAAAUGCCCAGAUGCACCAGAUCUUAAUGCACAACAUGAUGCUUAAAGCCAUGCCUCCUAUGUCCCUGUCACUACCUGGAGGGCCCAGUCAGUGGGGCUCCACAACUACAUAUCUUGGGCAGGACAGUUACCAGGGUAGCCCUAUUUCUGUGAGACCAGAUGUCAAACCAAGGAGAAGUGCUGUCCAUCAUCAUCAUCACUAUGUUCCUAACCCUGCAGCAGCACAGCUGCCUCCCAUCAGCCACCCUACAUGGCUACCAGGAGUUCCAUCUGUCCCAGCAGGACAAGCAGAGGGACAUGUACCCUCUAUACACCAUGCAACAGUCCCCUUUACACUCCCACCACUCAACACAUAA